AUGAGCAGAGAUGACCCCGUGACCCAUGGCCGGAUGCAGCAGCAGCAGCGGCAGCAGCAGCACAGGAAGCCACCCCACUCCUACAUGGACUUGGGUGCUGGCCGCUCCAAGCUCAUCCCAAGGGGGCUUUCAAGGGAGAGACAGGGCGUGGGCAGGCUGCUCUGCCAGCCUGGGCUCCAGAAAUCGCCUCACUUUGCCCCCUAUGAAGAAGGCCUGGGUUCCCAGGGCCCCCACCCCAAGUCGGGGAAGCAGGGACAAGGCCCCAGGGGCCUGAGGCCCCCACCCCACCUGACCCCCUGUGCUCACCCCAACAGCAGCCCCAAUAGGCAGCAUGGCCUGAGGCUACAGAGCACCACCCUUGGUGACUUCGUCAUGGAGGGCCCCCACUCCUGCCUCGCUGGGCUAAAGCCAGAGGAGCAGUCACUCAACACCAGCCCGCCCUGCAGAGGGUUCACACCCCAAAGGCGAGCAUGUUCACCCACGGAGCACCUGCCAACUGUGGCACCACCAGCCCUGUCCACCCACAGGUCUCCAUCCACAGGGCUCUGUCCGCAGGCCCAGGAGCCGGCUGACCAGAUAGAAGCAGCAGGAGGAAGAGGAGCUCGCUGCCGACACUGCAUAUGGCAAGGGCUCCAGGUGACACUGGAUCAGGUCAAGAAAGUUCAGAGAAUGCCUUCCUGGCCUGGCCCACAGAACCAGUGUCCUAUCCCGCCUGCCCCCCUUGGAUACCCGAAAGUCCUGAUUGGCCUUGGCUGGUCGACAGGUUCUGCACUUGGAUAUGGGCUCUAA